AUGUCUAUCAAGGAUAAAGUCAUCGUCAUUACUGGGGCGGCGUCUGGAAUGGGCCUUGAAACCGCCCGCCUUUUUGCCAGCAAAGGAGCCAAACUCUCACUCGCCGACGUGCAGGAGAAGCCGUUGAGGGACCUCGAAUGUGAGCUCCAGAAAGCAGGCGCACAAGUCAUGAUCCAAGUUGUCGACGUCAGCAAACGUCGCGACGUGGAAAGCUGGAUUGCGACCACGGUCGAAAAGUUCGGGAAUCUGGACGGUGCGGCCAAUCUGGCCGGCGUAACUGGCCGGCAAAGCGCCAUCGCUGGCAUUGAAGAGGUAGAAGACGACGACUGGGAGUUCAUAAUGGGAGUAAACGUCACAGGUCUGCGGAAUUGUUUGCGCGCUCAGGUGCCGCACAUGAAUGAAGGAAGCUCGAUCGUCAAUGCAUCCAGUAUCCUUGGUCUUAUUGGCGCGCCGAAACAGCUGGCAUAUUGCGCCUCCAAGCAUGCCGUUGUCGGAAUGACAAGGAGCGCAGCAAAAGAGCUAGGGCCAAAAAAUAUCAGGGUGAACUGCUUCUGCCCUGGACCAGUUGACACCCCAAUGUUGCGACAAGUAUAUGAAAAACGAGGCUCACCUGUCGAUUAUUCAUUCCUUCCGCUUGGAAGAACUGCACACCAAACGGAGAUUCCACCACUUAUUGAGUUUCUGAUCUCAGACGCUUCUUCUUUCAUGACCGGAACCGCUAUGCCGAUUGAUGGCGGGUGGUACUGCUAG